AACUCGAGGCGGGCGCAAAGGUCCGGUGUACGUGCUGCUGUGGGCGAGGCACCCGGCGCUGUCGACGCGCGAGGCGCGCGACGAGAGAGUGGGCCGAGAUGGAGGGCGACCUGCGACUAGCUGCCGAAAUCGGCCAGGCGCUGCUGCGGAGGAGCGAUGCCCUCCAGUCGGCCCUCUCGCAGUCGCAGUCGGAGCACUCAAGCCGCAUCGACUCGCUGAUGAAGAAGCUCACCUCGUCGAUCCGCGAGGCCUCGCGCCUCGAGAAGCGCCUCGAGCAGGCCGACCUCAACCUCGAGGCGGCCGAUGCCUCCAACAGGGCCCUCGUCCGCGAGCUCGACGACUGCCGGCGCGAGCUGGCAAGGCUCAAGCAGACUGGUGUUAAGUCGGCUGGCCUGCAGGAGAAGCUCGAGCGGGCGCGCCUCGAUGUCGAGGAUGCCGAGCAGGAGCUCGUCGCCGAGAAAAGGAGGGCUGACCGGGCCGAGAGCAGGGCCAAGUCGAUGGAGAAGCGCAGCGAGGAGCUGAGCGCAUCUCUCCGCCUCGCCAAGCUCGAUGGGCUCCGGGCAGGACAGGGCGAGAGUGACGAGGCGCGGCUGAAGAGACGAGAAGAGAUGGCGAGGAUUGCGCGGGAGCGGGUGGCCGCCUCGACUGGCGGCGUUGGUGACGGCGCAGAGGGAGACGAGGACAGUGUAGCGCUCCUCGAUCACGUCGUGGCCGACAACGAGACGAUGCAGCGAGACAACGAGCAGCUGAAGCAGCUCCUCGAUGGCUGCAACGACGAGAUUGCGCGUCUGCGCGAGGAGCUGGCGCAGCGCGACGAGACCAUGACACUCAGGAGCUCCUCGGUAGGCCCCACCUCCAAGCGCUUCGGGGAUGGCUCGCUGCACGAUGAAGAGACGGGCGAGGAAGAGGGACAAGUGGCCGCGCUGUCCGAGGAAAUCAUCGAGGCGACGCCCGUCAAGAGCAAGAUUAGCGCAUACAGGCCCAAUCUGCCCAGGUCCGUCGGCUCGUCGGCUGGCUCCGUCUCUGGCGCCGAUGCCGAUGCCGAUGUCGACGGAAGCACGACGACGGCGACGACGACUGCCACCACUGCAACCACUGCAACCACUGCAACCAGCACGAGGCCGUUGCAGAGUAGCACAGAGGAGAAGCCGUCGCUGCUGGCUGCACCCUCGUACACAGCGACUGCAAAGCGGGAGCUGCGAACGGCGCAGCUCGUCAACUUGACAGACCACGUCCAGCGGCUCUUUACCCGCCUGGCGCAGGCCGAUGUCGACACGCUCGCCCGCCGCCUGCAGCGCCAGCACCUCGCCGGUGAUGUCGGUCACCUGGCGCGGACCACGGUCAACGGCAUCCUGCGCGACGCCGACGGCCUCCGCGACCACUUCAAGCGCCUCAUCGAUGCCGAAUCGCGAUCUCGCGACGCCGAUGCUUCGUCGUUGGGCUCCUCGAGUAAGGGCAGCAGCACCGAUCGCGAGUCCGAGAGCCUCGUUGCGAGAAAGGAGUUCUUUGCGCUCGUCAAGGUGUUCAAGGAUCUCUUCUUUGAGAUGGCCCGGCUGCGAAAUGCAGUCAACGAGGUGCAUCUCAACCCGAGCCAGGCCAGUCGCAUCCUUGGCGAGCAGCUCGGCCUGAAUGGCGGGCAGGAAGACAAGGGCGUCAUGGGUGCCUGGCUCGGCAGGCUCUUUAGCGGUCCGACCAACCCGUCUACCGGGUCCUCUGCGACGGUCGCCUCCUCGGCGCCUGUCCCCUCACAACCUACUCCAUCGACAGCAAGCCUCAGCUCAUCGACGACCAACGCAGCACCGGCGCGGCCCAGCAACCUGCGAAGGCCGCCCAGUCGAGGCCCGUCGGGAUCUCACCUUGCCGCGCCCCGUGCCUCCGCUGCUGUUGUCUCGUCGACCGUCGCCGUCGAGAUCAAGGGCACAACGCAUGCCUCUGCUGCCUCGGAGCCGAUGGGGACCCCUAUUGACGAUGCCGUUUCCGAAGCUUCGUCCUCCACGCCCCCCAUCUCAGGCGGCAGCGGCGGCCUCCAGGCAGGGCCGCGUCCAGAGGGAAAGCGGACGCACCCGCACAGUCUAUCGAGGACCCAGUCGAGGAACCUUUCUGGUCUCUUUGCUGGGUCAAUUCCGACUCAGUCGACAUUUGCACCUGGGCCUCCUCCCUCGUCGGCGGCGCGCGCUGCGAACACGGGCAAUGACACGACCAACUACCGUCUGUCGCGCAUCGUCGACGACGAUGAGAUCAGCAUUCGCGACGGCUUCGUGCCGGAGAGAACACUGAGACCGAGGGGUCUGAGCGACUCGAGCAUCCGGAGCUCCUUCUUGGACGAUGACCCCAACACGACGUCGCCGGCCAAGAAUAAAGCCAAGGCGGCGUCGGGAGCUGCAUCGCGCGGGGAGGGGCAAGGUCCGUCGCCCAUUUCGAGAAUCAUUACGCCCUCGACACUGGCGCUUCAGGUCAACAGCACCGCUCCUUCCGGCACGCUCCAGUCGCAGAGACAGCAGGCCGCACCGCCGGCCUCUGCUGCCGCGCCGUCCUCGUCCACCUCGUCGUCGUCGUCGUCGUCGUCAUCGAUGUUUCCCAAGGCGCUGAGCUUCCUCUCGGCAGCAGGCACCGGCGCCACCUUUGGUCUUCCAUCGCUAAGGUCAACCUCAUCUAGCUCCAACCCCGCCGUCUCGCCCACGGCUUCCUCGACCACUUCCGCGACGGCGCGCGCGGGCACCGCCUCGACAUCGUCGUCGUCGCACAUCGAGGGCAUGCCCAGGGGCGGCAGAAUGGCCUUUUGAGACUCCAGUAGAGCGUCUUUCGUUCAUUCGUUGUAGUCACUUUAUAUCC